AUGCUUGCGUUAAAGCUGUCCAAAAACACGUCACAGCAAUUUGCUGAGGAAGCCGAGAAAUUGGCUGACGAUUUACAGCAUUCAUUGGUUUUUGAGGGUAUAAGUUUGGAAAAAGCGAAAGAAAUGGCUAUUGAAAGUACCGUCAAAAUGUGUCGUCAAUCCGCUCGCUCUGAUUUAGUUCGAUCAGUUUUAGCUGCGGCUUCAUUCAAAGAUCCAAAAGAAGUCAUUGCAAAACUUAUUACUGGAGAAAGCACUCACGAGCAGGAGAAACAAGUUCUUGCAUAUAAUCGCCAAGGUGGUUUUCGUAAAAACAAUGGCCGUUUCAACAACGGUAAAAAGUGGAAUAAUCAAAACGGAAACAAAAAUUUCAAUCAAAACAAUGGCAAAAAUGGCGGUUACAAAAAGAACUAUAAUGGUCGUGGUAACUACAACAAAAACAAGGGUAACUACAAUGUUCGCGUGACGGAAAACUGCGAGGGCCCAUCCAACGGCGACGGGCAGAAUCAGAACAACCAACAGACGUUAACUCUCGAAAGAGCGAACAACCGAUCGUAA